AUGAAACUUCCCCAAUAUGAAAACAAACCCUUCAAGUCACCGCUGAUAGCAUCCAAGUCCACGCAAAGUACUGGUCCAGCAGUGAUAUCCCGAAACGUGGCGCCAACGGCGGUAAAUUCAGCACCCAAUAGAACUGUCAACAAAAGAUCCUUUGUGAACACUGCUCCUUCCCAAACUGCCAAAAAGGCAUCAAAUGCAAUCAAUUAUUAUUCUAUAACUUACCGCAAACGUACCACAAAAAAGAACAAGACUUGGGAUGGCGAUGGUUCAGCCAUAGAGCUAAGUAAUGACACUUUCCGUUUCUACAAGGAAAGUGGCCAAUUUAUAGGGAGCGGAAACCUCGGAACCUGUGAUGACAAGUUCGAGAAAGUAUUCGGAUGCUCUGGUUUUGAAGUUCAGUUGGACCAUCUGAUCGAUGAUCAAAGCGAAAUUAUCCAGCUUGCAGCGCUUCUAGGCAAGUCCUGCGACUCAUCAAAAGAUUCAAGCCUAAAAUCAAAAAGCUUGUCACCGACUCUGUCACAAACUCUAGUACCGAUAAUACCGGUACGGAAAUUCAAGCCCGCUGCAAGGACUCCUCAUCUAGUUGGAACAGAUAGUGACGACAAGACGAAAACUUAUGAGUUCAAGCCUCUCUUCAAUACUUCCAAGAUAGAGAACCCGUUGAUAAUGAACAGAUUUCGCGAGGCAGAGGUAGAUGUUGUGGUUGAUCCCAUUCUUUCAAAACAUUUAAGGACUCAUCAACGUGUCGGGGUCAAAUUUAUGUAUGACUGCGUAAUGGGUUUAUCAAGAGCAACCGACUACAACGAAGAUGGACAAACUUGCGCUACAUUAGAAAAAACUGAUGAUGUUCAUGGCUGUCUUUUGGCAGAUGAGAUGGGACUCGGAAAGACUUUGAUGACCAUAGCUCUGAUUUGGACUUUAAUAAAACAAACUCCGCUCCCUUCUCGAACCACUUCAUCACAAUUUGGGAUUUCACAUCAGGGUGUUUGCAAUAAGAUUUUAGUGGUCUGCCCUGUUACACUUAUAGGAAAUUGGAAGCGGGAAUUUGCUAAAUGGUUGAAUCUAAAUAGGGUCGGGGUUUUGACAUUAAGCUCCAAAAGUACACCAGAUAAAGAUAAAUUAGAUGUUCGAAACUUUUUAAAGGUUCAAAGGUCUUAUCAAGUGCUAAUCAUUGGAUAUGAAAAGCUACUCAGCGUUUCAGAUGCUCUAAUUGAAGGAAAAGCAAACAUUGGACUACUCGUUUGUGAUGAAGGCCACCGAUUGAAAAAUGGUCAGUCCAAAACUCUAAAUGCCCUCAAUUCCAUUGACGUGUCACGCAAGAUACUUUUAACAGGAACUCCAAUUCAAAAUGAUUUGGUAGAGUUCUAUACUAUACUGAACUUCCUUAACGACGGAAUUUUAGGGUCAUUCCCCAAAUUCAAGAGGGAUUUCAUACUUCCCAUUACGAGGUCCAGGGAUGUUAACAGUAGGUUUAACGAGCUCAUCCAAGAGAAGGGCAGAGAACGUACAAAUGAGCUUAUCGAGAUUACCAAAAGGUUUACCUUACGCAGAACAAGUGACACCAUAGCGAAAUUUCUUCCUCCUAAGACGGAUGUUAUUUUAUUUUGCAAACCCGCCUUAAGCCAGGUACAAGCUUUCGAGACCGUGCUAACUAAAUGUCGUUUAGAUUUUUCUAAUAUGGCGUACACUUCAUCCCUUGGGCUUAUAACACUUUUCAAGAAGAUAUGCAACUCACCAGCGCUAAUAUCACAAGAUCCGUUUUAUCGCGAAAAAGUGAAACCCACGGUAGAUUUGACGCGCGGGCAGAACCUAGACUCCGGAAAACUAAAAGUAUUGAUGAGUGUCUUGAAUUGCAUACGGAGCUUUGAUGCUGAAGAAAAAGUAGUUAUCGUCUCCAAUUACACUCAAACAUUGGAUGUUAUUCAAAAUAUGUUGAACAGUCAUAGUCUCUCGAACACAAGGUUAGAUGGGUCAACUCCAACUAAAGAGCGUGAUGGAAUUGUUAAUAAUUUCAAUACUCUUCCGUCAAUUUUUGCAUUUCUAUUAAGCGCUAAAUCUGGAGGCGUAGGGUUGAACUUGAUUGGCGCAUCACGGCUUGUGCUCUUUGAUAAUGAUUGGAACCCUGCAAUCGACCAUCAGGCAAUGUCGCGAAUUCAUCGAGACGGACAAAAGAAAUCUUGCUAUAUUUAUAGACUCCUAACAGCUGGAUGUAUUGAUGAAAAGAUCUUCCAGCGGCAGUUAAUGAAAAACAGUUUAAGUGCUAAGUUCAUGGGAGGCGAAGAUAACGUUUCGAAUAACAAAUCAGAUAACGAUCUUUUCGAAAACGAAGAUUUGAAAGAUCUCUUCACCGUUCUCGCGACAACAAGUAAUACACAUGAUUUGAUCUGCGAAUGUGAAGGAGACGGGGAGUAUGACACUAGAUCAAACAGCACCACUGACGACGAUCAGCAAGAUACGAUAAUCUCAGCGGACGGAUGGACCAAUGCUAUGGAUUUGCAGGCGAGCCUUAAGAAAGCUCAAAAAGUUAAUGAUACGCAGAAAGCAGCAUUAGUUAAGGAGUGCUUGACUGGCUACAGGCACAUAACUCCUCGUAAAGAAACUGAACUGAGCGAAGAGCUGGCUGUGAAAUGGAACCCUGAUAUCACCUUUGCAUUUCUCAAAGAGUUUCGGGCUUGA